UCAUUUGUGAGGGACCGUCAAAGUCCUUUUCGCGUUUAUUUUAUAUUCUUCCCUCCAUCUAAAGAUAUAGAUAGAGCCACAGAGUGGCAGGAAAACAAACCCAACACCAAAACUCUUACGAUCAUGAUGCUAAAUUGGCUCCUCAUCUCCACCACCACUCUCUUCAUCAUCAUCAUCAUCAUCAUCUCCACCAUCUUCAUCUUCAAAACCCUCAACAAUGGUGGCCUCCCUCCUGGCCCAACAGCCAUCCCCAUCAUCGGCAACCUUCACUGGCUCUGGUCAUCACCCCCGACCAUUGAGCCACUCCUCCGAGACCUUCAUGCGCGUCUCGGCCCCAUCGUCACGCUCCGCAUCGGAUCCACUUGCGCCAUCUUCAUCUCCGACCGUCACCUCGCCCAUGACGCUCUCAUCACCCACGGCGCCGUCUUCGCCGACCGUCCCCCCGCCCUACCCGCCACCCGCGUCUUCAACAGCAACCAACACAACAUCAGCUCCGCCUCCUACGGCCCUCUCUGGCGUCUCCUCCGCCGCAACCUCAUCUCCGAAAUCCUCCACCCUUCUCGAGUCAAGCUCUUCUCUAAUGGCCGGCAGUGGGUUCUCAACAUCCUCAUCUCCAAGAUCCGCGCCAGCGCUGAGGCUAACAACGGCGUCGUCCUUGAUUUCAAACAAAAUCUCCAGUUCUCCAUGUUCUGCUUGCUUGUCCUCAUGUGCUUCGGCGAGAAACUCGACGAGAACGCCAUUAGAGACAUCGAAACAGUGGAGAGGAACUGGCUUCUGUAUUUCAACAAGCUCACUGUCUUCGCUUUCGUCCCCAGAAUCUCCAAGCUCAUCUUCCGAAAGAGAUGGAACACGGCCAUGGAUCUCCGCCAGAAACAAAAGGACAUAAUCAUACCAUUGAUCAGAACUCGAGAGAAGCACAAAGAGAAGCAGAACAAACAAGGCUGGGGUGAUGAUGAAAAGGAGAGGUUCGUCUACUCCUAUCUUGAUUCUCUUCUAGACAUCAAGAUCCCUGAAGACGGAGACCGGAAGCUCACUGACGAUGAGCUGGUGACCCUCUGUUCGGAAUUCCUCACUGGUGGCAUCGACACCACCGUGACAGCUCUGGAAUGGAUCAUGGCUAAUCUGGUGAAGCAGCCGGAGAUACAAGCCAAACUGUUUGAUGAAAUACAAGGAGUUGUUGGGAGUGAAGCAGAGGAAGUGAAGGAAGAGGAGCUUCAUAAAAUGCCUUAUCUUAAGGCAGUGGUUCUUGAAGGGCUGAGAAGGCACCCGCCCGGCCACUUCGUGCUGCCGCACACGGUCACAGAGGACGUGAUGCUCAAUGGAUACGUGAUCCCAAAGGGUGCUUCCGUGAACUUCAUGGUAGCAGAGAUGGGGAGAGAUGAGAAGGUGUGGGAGAAUCCCAUGGAGUUCAGGCCUGAAAGGUUCAUGGAAGGUGGUGAAGGAGAAGGAGUGGAUAUUACUGGAAAUAAAGAAAUCAAAAUGAUGCCUUUUGGAGCUGGGAGAAGAAUAUGCGCAGGAGUUGGACUUGCCAUGCUGCAUUUGGAAUAUUUUUUAGCUAAUUUAAUUAAAGAAUUCGAGUGGAAAGCCAUAAAUGGAGAAGAUAUAGAUGUCAAUCAAGAAAUACUAGAAUUUACCACUGUUAUAAAAACUACUCUACGCGCUAGAAUUAUCCGCAGAAGAAUUUAAGAUUGUUUUGAAUAUAUUGGCUUCUCAUCAA